AUACAUAGGUAGUGCUUCGGCCCUUUAUAAGCUCGGGUGCCUGGAUGCUCUCUAGUGUGGAGCUUUUAGUGUUUAGUGCCGGUUUAGUGAUCGAAGCCCCAAAGCGCGAAAAUGGCUGUGUAAAGGCGUGCGGCAGCAAUCUUUGCAGCGGCAAAAACUUGGCAGUGCAACGGCUAAGUGCACUGGCUAUUUCCGGCAAAAUGGCGUCUUUACCGGCAACCACCCUCAGCUUUGCUGCCGUGGACAGCAGUACCGGAACUCACCACUCGCUCCCGUUAUCAGACUCUCCUUUGUUCACCUUGUUGCUACCACUGACCAGCAGCAGCCAUGACACUCUCCCAGCUGGCAAUGGAGGACGUGGAGGCCCUGUACCUAGGGUCCUCUUUUCUGAUGGCUGACACCAUGGGGCCCCUUCUGGACCAAGAUGAAGAGGAAGCUCUUUCUCCCUCCUCCUCUUUAGAGGUGAAGGCGCCAGCUUCGCCCUCCCUCUUCCACUCUUAUGCAUCCUCCUCUCCAUUUCAGACCAUGUCAUUUUCCCCGCUCUCUUCCUCUCCACCAUCCUCUCCUCUUGAUGACUCUGCCUCAUUCUUGGGGACUAAAUCUGAAACAGACCUCAUGUCCCUCUCCCUGCUGGGUACCAGCAACUUGCUUGGCACCCAAGUUGGAGCAGACAAUGUUAAAGCAGAUGCUUUUGAUGGCCUGGACUGGAUGUGUGAAAAAAUCUAUCUGAAUGAGUUUGAUCUGGAUUCGCUCAUUGGCUCUUGCUCAUCUGAUGAGUCUCCCAGUUCCCCGGAGGAUCUCCUGGCCUCCCUGGACUCCCACAUGGAUUUGGAUCUGGAUCUGGACCUUGGUGUCCAGCACAGCAGCCCAGAUCAGACCCUGUUGCCAGACAUCCCAUCCGUCCCUAUGGAGACCUCUGCCGUUCCUGAGACCAAGGCAACAGAGGUUGCCGAUGUCGAGGAUGACGUGAAGUCAGAGCCUUCCUCUCCCCCGCCCUCCUCCCCUCCAGUUUACACGUUGGAGCUGGAAAGUGAAGUUGAUGUUUUAGUUGAUGACAAAUUGGCCACACCCAAUUCCACUGCCAUUAUCCAAAAUCCCAGUGAAGUUAUUAAAACCACCAGUCCCAUCAUGCUCUGUACUUCAGACCACAUUGUUGUAGUUCUUUCCAGUAAACAGGAGACCUCUCUCAUUUCUAUCUCAAAUCCCUCCUUCAGCUCCUCGCCUUCACACAACUGCGACAGUGACUCUGGUAUCGAAUCAGGUGCCGGUUCUCCGGAGCGUCACUCGACUCCCCCUAGUUCCCCCACGUCCGGUUCGUCCAGGACCAAACCCUACAGCAAACCGCAACCGUCAGCCUCUCCUUCUCCCAAAGCCUCCAAAGUGAAGUCGGCGUCGGGCGCACCCAAGGUGGUAGAAAAAAAGUUAAAGAAGAUGGAGCAAAACAAGACGGCUGCGACUCGCUACCGGCAGAAGAAGAGGGUGGAGCACGACCAGCUGAAUUCAGAACGAGAAGAACUGGAGAGUAAAAAUCAGGAGCUGAAGGAGAAAGCAGAGUCCAUCAGCCGAGAGAUCCAGUAUCUCAAAGACCUGAUGGAGGAGGUUCGCAAGCACCACCGUGGAAAAACCCUCUCGGCUGCUUAGAGAUGGUGGUUUUAUUUUUUUUUUUAUGCUUCAUUGUUCACAUAUUCAAAGUCAAACAUUUAUAUUAUUGGCCAGAUGUUGUCAGAGCAAAUGUUGGUGUGUGAGACGUUCUUAUCAGGAACGCAGGGAAAUGCUUUUAGAAGUUGAGAUUAGUAACAGGCGGGGGGCUGGGAGUUAGUCAGGUGGAGCAUCUGUACAUGCUUGUUUCUCAGUCCCCCGCUGAGCCCUUUAUGUGUCAACACACCAGAACCACAGGUUGUUGUGUUUUAGUUUUCUGUAGACUAGGCAUGCAGAUCAGGAGUAGUCGCCGUAGAGUUUAAACUUGGAUCAGUUCCCUCACACAUCCACACACCAAAGCAGUAAAACUAGUCUGUUACAAAUAAAACUACUUCCACGUUCCUUCUUUUUACUCCGUUUGAUCUUCCUCUUAACAGCUUGAAGUCCAGAAAGGUGCCUAAUUGUGUUUUUGAAUUGGUGACUUGCACUAAACUUGAGUUUUAUUGUAAAUAGGUUUCUCCUUUGCUUGUUGUGGCUUUUAUUUAAUGCUGGAUAAAUCUUGACUGUCUUCAGUAGCUCGGUGUUAGCUCUGGUGUUUGGCUUGUAAAAUGCUUUGCUUUUUUUUCUAAUAAAUCUUUAAAUAGCA